AUGAUUCCAGCCGUAUUCGUGAUACCCAUGUGGCCAAUAAUCGGAAAAAGCCACCUGAAAGGUGUGCAAAUGAAUGAGCGAAGGAAACUCACGUCAAAAGCGGGAUUGGGGUCCAAACAAGGGAAUGGGGAAAUCGAUUAUAAUAAUGGUUUGGCUGUAACGCCCUUUCAAUACUUAGUUGCCGUGCCACCAGAAGAACGCACGAGGGCUGUGAUACUGUUAGGUUGUCCAAGCCUAGACAGUAGAAGUCGAGAAGCGGAAGUCGGGUUCAAACCACGGACCUUACGGUCAGCCAACACUGUUGUGGUCUCGGUGGCAUGUCUCCUCCAUAAACCUAACGGUUUCGACAGUCCGUUCCGUCGGCUUCUAAGAAUUUUUCUCUACCCUGAUGAAUGUCACUUAAAACGAUCUGAGUCCGUUAUCGUCCGGGUUAUUCAUACUCACUCGCCCCAGAACUUUUAA